AUGGAAGAAUUACCGAAAUUACCCAUACCAGAUUUGGCUAAUACAUUGAAUAAUUAUCUACGAUGUCUUGAAACAAUGUUACCACCUAAUGAGUAUGAAUAUACUAAACAAUUAUGUAAUGAGUUUCAGGAAAAAAACGGCGUUGGAAGUCGUUUACAAGAACUAUUAAUAAACUACGCCUCUCGAAAAGUUAACUGGAGUAAUAAAUUUAUUAUGGACGUUUGGUUUCUUUCAUGUCCGCUACCAUCAGUAAUAAACAGCAGUGGUGCUAAGGCCAUGCCGAAAGCAAAUUUUCGAAGUGAAAAGGAUACGUUAAAGUAAGCCACAUUUCGCUAUUUACUGUAUGAAAUAAAACUAUCAUCUGGUUUUGACAAUUUCUGAUGGCAAUAUGUUCGUUUAUAGAAGCAUUUUUUAAAUUAAACGCUUAUUAAGAACAAGAAAACUAAAGCAGCAGUUUGAAUCAUUUUAAAUUUUUUAAGUUUCGAUGUAUUACAACAUCAUUGUCAAGGAUAUUUAAACACAAAGAAUUUCUUUUAAACCGCAUGGCGCCAAUCGUGUACUUAUAUUUAUACUAGACAUCUAGCGUAUAUAGCAUCUUCUUCUUUUAUUUCAUCUUCUUGAUCUAUUUAGUCAUCGGUAUAGCAAAAAUUCAUUAUUCUAAACGGUUAUUCACAAAGGAUGACUCAUCUUCGUCUAAAGCUAAGAAUUUUCUACUUUCAUGCUUUUUCUCGUUGUUCCUUUGACGACAUGCGCUACACAAAUACAAGUUAGUUAUAAAUCGCAGCCAUUAGCCAGCUUGUUUCAGCCAUUAUUUAAGUGAACUAAACUAAACUGAACUUCAUUAAUGAAUGUGAAAAUACUUGUUUAUUUGUGAGAUACUUAGAUAAUGAAGGGAUACAUAUACCCUUUUACGAACUUUCUAUUCCAGAAGUUUCCAAAAAAUUGUAUUCCAUGAAGCUUUAGAAAGAAGAGCGUAGGGAGAUGCGUCUUGAAGCGAUCUACAAAAUGAUAUGCAAUUGGAGAACAACAAAUUGUGUUUGGCAGACUUUCUGUUCUACACUACUACUUUGUUUUUAUCCUAUCCGAUCCCUUUAGGUUUUUUCACCUUUGACGUUGAAAAAUAACGGAGACAAAAAUGAAAUUAACAAGAAAAUUGAAAACAUAUAUCAUUCGACUCAGUUUUUGACCGUGAUUCUGAAUAUAAUAGUUUUAUUGUGUAAAAGGAAACACAAUAUAUUUCUCUUCGAUUGCAUACCAUUUUGUAGGUCUCUUCAAGACAUAUUUAGUGGUAUGCGAAACAAAGCGGGGCAAAUCCAUGUGAAGUGUCCCAUCAAUACGGCAGCUUUCUCCGCUUCAUUUAAGACCAAUCUAGUUUUAUAGAGCACAUCAAAUUACGUUAGAAACUGUUUUUUCGGACUUCAUGGCUGAUGCAGAACCCGAGAAAAAUGACUUUUACUCUUCCAGCAGAAUUAUCGGUUUAGCGCCACUCUCAAUGCGAAUCGAUCACCACCGCGAUGAAUUUUACAACAUGUUCUCCCUUUUUUCGAAAAACCGCUUAAGAUUAUU